UUGGUUGUGUUCUGGGUUUGUAUGACUUUUAUUUCCUUCAGCACACUAGCUUACAUCCAUACACUCAUGAUUUACAUAUUUCUGUACUUAUAUAGUUUAAUAUUGAUCAAAAGUUCAUGAAUUAUCUGUGUGGUCUCCCUUGUUUUGUCUGGAGCCGGUUCAUGACAGCAUACACCCCAACAGCGAGGGUUUUGCAAUUCUUGAAUCGUUUUAUUGGGUUCAGUGUACACUGCAUGUCCAAAAUUACACGGCUUCAUUUCCAAGUCAACAGCAGUGAGAUAACAGGAAAUUAGGGGAAAAAGAGAUGGGAGAUUACACGCAACAAAAGGCUCCAGCAGGAGUCAAACCGGGGACGUUGCUGUUUAUGGUGAGUGCCCUAACUCCUAGGCUACUCCUUAGACACCUUACAGUACACCCAUAUGUUGUUGUUAAGCAUCUUAUCUUUAAACCCUGGUUCUUAAUAUCUCGCUGUAACAUCUUCCACUCUUAAUCUCCGCAAGAUUUUGUUGCCUUUUUUGCAGGGAUUUGCAAAAAGAGCCUUUAUGCUGAUGUUUGCUGAUAAGGCCUGGCUUUGCAUGCUUCCCAAAGGUGUUGGAUGUGGUUGAGGUCAAGUUCUUCCACACAAAAAAAAACAUUUCUUUAUGAAUCGGACUUUGUGCAUCAGAGCACUGUCAUAUUUAUACGCAAAAGGAACUUCCCCAAACUGUUGCCACAAAGUUGGUUACACCAUGUUGUCAUAAUACAGUAUGAUGUUGCAUUAAAUUGAACUAUAAAGGCCUUUUCCAAACCAUGAAAAACAGUCCCUGACAAAGGCGUCUGCAUACAUCUGACCAUAAAAUGUUUCAGUUUUGGAGUCCUGGGUGAUGGGACUUUCCAUGAACUGGUCAUGUAUGUUUUGUGAAGGAACAGUGGUGUUUUAAUUAAUCAAGUCAAAACCCCAAAUCACAAAUCACAAUUUGCCUCAGGGGGCUUUACAAUCUAUACAACAUUCAGCACCCUCUGUCCUUAGCCCCUUUGAUUUGGGUAAGUAUGAACUCCCCAAAAAACCCUUUUUAACAGGGAAAACGUGGAAGAAAUUUCAGGAAAGCCACAGAGGAAGAUUCCCUCUCCCAGGACGGACAGACAUGCAAUAGACGUUGAGCGUACAGCAUUAUGGUUCCUCAAAAUCAAACAGUAUUCAGAGUUUCUGACAAGAAUAUUGUUAGAAAGAACAGAGCCUGAGGUACAGUACAUGGAGUUUUUAAUCUUCUUAUUAUCUGCUAAUGUACAGCAUGCAUUAUUAUUAAUUAGCAUGUCUUAACCCUGAGUCUGACCUGUGCAGCAUUAACAGUACUUACACUGUUACCUUCACUCCUUUCUGCCACAUCCAAUUUAAAAGUAAUUACAGCAUAUUUAAACCAUUUGUGAUUCUAAUUUCACCUACAAUUGGAUUUAAUUUAAGCUGCAUUUCUGAGUCAGAUUUCAGGGCUGCCUGUGACCUUUCCUGGCCAGCCUUUGGACCCGGCACUGCUGCUGGGGAGGAUGUAGGACGGGAAGAUUGGACAGCGUUUGACAGCUCAUCGGUCACGUCCACCAACCCUGCCAAAUGGAGCCGGGGGGGAAGGCUCUGAAUCCCUACCAGCCGCAGACCUGCCUGCAGGGAUACAUGGCGUGUCUACAGCUUUGUGUGUGUGUUUGUCUCGCGGCCAGCAGCGCUGAAGAAGAGGAGGAGGAGGAGGAGGAGGAGCGGGGUGUACCUGACACCUACAGCCGCGAGUCGCAGCUCUCUUCUCCCGCAGAAACACUCAGCACUGCCCGCCGCGGGUGCCUUCUUUUGUCGCCUGGUGGUCGGUGUAGUUAACCGGAGCUCUCUGUGCAGUUUGACCGGGUGAACACUGCUUCAGCUCACAGACUCUCUUACAAGAAAACUCUCCCAAAUAUUUUUUUUUUUAAACGCAACAAAACACAGAAGACAGUUAUCUUCUGGGAGAGUUUGAUUCACUCGGACCAGAAAUAUUCAGGAUUGUCUGACUUAUUGAAAGAAAAGGGACUACACUUCAGAAGAUGCGGCUCCCGGUGCUUCUCUGUGUGUUGGUGUGUCUGUCUGCAGCACCGGGCCCGGUGGCCGGGGCGGACAGGAGCUGCACCGACCUGCGGCAGUUCUACACUGGGAAAGGGUUCACUCUGUCAGGGGUACCCCAGACCGAAAUCUCUGGUGAACAUCUGAGGAUGUGUCCUCAGGGUCCAACCUGUUGUACCAGCACCAUGGAGGACAACCUGGCCGGUCUGAGCGCCCAAGAGACAGAGGGACUGAUCAGAGAGGCCGGCAGGUCGCUGCAGGCUGCCUUCAACGCUCUCCACAGGAGCUUUGACACCUAUUUCACCGAACUGCACGGUCGCUCUGAGCGCUCCCUCCAGGAGGCACUGUCUCCACUCGGCCCUCUGUACUCCCAGAACACUCGUCUCUAUGGAGAUCUCUACACCGACCUGCGACAGUAUUACCGGGGCUCCGCUCUCAACCUUGAUGAGACCCUGUCUGAGUUCUGGUCGCGCCUCCUGGAGCGCACCUUUAAGACCUCCUCUCCCACAGAUGUCAACCUUUCAGAGGACUACCUUGAAUGCGUUGCUAAGCAACAAGAGACGCUGCGGCCAUUUGGAGAUGUCCCGCGGGACAUGAAGGCGAAGGUGAUCCGGGCUUUUGUCACAGCCAGGUCGUUUGUCCAGGGGUUGAUUGUCAGCGGAGAGGUGGUCAGAAAGGUCUCACAGGUUUCUAUGAGUCCGGAGUGUACAAAGGCCCUGAUGAAGCUGGUUUACUGCCCCCACUGUCGCGGCGUGGCCUCGGUCAAACCCUGCUCCAACUACUGUUCCAAUGUCAUGAAGGGCUGCCUGGCCAACCAGGCUGACCUGGACCCUGAGUGGCAGACCCUUAUAGACACGAUGAUCCAGGUUGCCUCUAGUUUCAGCACGGAGCCCAGCCUCGACGUGGUUCUCUCCUCCAUCCCUGCUCGAAUCUAUGAGGCUGUUCACUUCCUACAGGAAAACAUGGACACGUUCACAGCAAAAGUGUACCAGACCUGUGGAACUCCAGGUGAACCAGGAACAGGUAGUCCCACCCUUCAUGAGCAGAGGAAGAAGAGCGGCUCCCUGACCGCAUCAGAGUACAAACCCUCUCCAACUGCUGGACUCAGACUUGAGAUGCAGGUGUCAGAUCUGUCCAGUAAACUGAGGGAGAUGCGGCAGUACUGGACCCAGCUCCCCAUGGCACUUUGCAGCAAACUGGCAGCAGGAGGCGCCGGUCAGGAUAAAUGCUGGAAUGGCAUUACCAAAGCCAGGUACCUUCCAGAGGUGAUGGGUGACGGCUUGGCCAAUCAGAUCAACAACCCAGAAGUGGAGCUUGACAUCACAAAGCCAGACAUGACCAUCCGGCAGCAGAUCAUGCAACUCAAAAUCAUGAGCAACAGGCUGAAAAAUGCACUGGAUGGCAACGAUGUGGACUUCCAGGAUGCAAGUGAUGACAUCAGUGGGUCAGGAAGCGGGAUGUGCAUAGGUGGUCAGUGUUCUCGGAACAGACCGGGACUGUACGCUUACUCGCCAGACAACAACCGAGUCAGAGGUGCAGCCACGUCUCAAACCCGCCUCUGUAGCCUCCUACUCCUGCUCCCAUUGGCCAUCCUGCUGCUUCAGCGAUGAUGGACCACCGCUGACUCCCAACCAUGAGACGGACAAAAAGGGGAGAAAGAUCGGAACUUAACUUUGCCAAAAAAUGAAAAAAGACCUUUUUUGGGGGAAUGAAUGGACAUUUUCUGUGACCAAGAGGAGCAAAAAAAUUGACAGAGACAAUAUUCUUUAUUUGAUUUUGCUCAGUUUUAAUAUGUCGUAGUUUGGGUGUGAUUCGUUGAUGUGGUGAUUUGUUGAGCUGGUUUCAAUGGAUUCUUGCGAAGAGGAUGGUUGGAAGAAGACGGAGAUGAGGAGGAUGAAGAAGACAAGGAAGAAAAUGAUGAUGAUGAGGAUGAUGUUGAUAAUGAUGGGAAUAUUGAUAAUGAUCUAUUGAGACUCCAUCAGGUCAAUUUAGCUCCAGUUUCCAGUCAGCAGACGACAGAGCUCAGUGAAAAAAUGUUUGGUGCCCCGAUAUGUGGUGCGUUCAACAAGGCUUUUUUAAAUUUUAUUUCUUACUCGAGUCAAGGUUGUCUACCUUAACAAACAUUGUGUAAGUUGUAAAUGUUUGUGUACAUUAGCUAAAAGACUGGCACCAUAUUGAGCCAUGAAUGUACAGCAUAGUACUAUAUUGCCAAUGAAUCCCCCCCCCCAUAAUCUGUGAUGUAGUCGUCCAGACGUUUUGGUGUGUGUUGGCAUAAACAGAUUCAUUCAGUAGGAUUCAAUUAUCACACGCUGGAAAUGUAUGAAAUGUUGUGAUUGCAAGAUUUGACCACACUUUUACUGUAUACCCAAGCCUUUCACAAGAAAAAGGAAAUUAUCACUUCUUUUUUUAACAAAUCAUCACCUUUGUAAAGAAAUUGCAGUCUCAAAGCACAGACAAGCAGAUUCCUUAAUUUUUCCUGCAAUGUAGACAAAAAACUGCACGUUAUUCUGACUCUCCUGGUUGCAUUUGCCACAAAAUUCUCCACAGAGAAUGUUUCAUAACGCAGUAAAGCUAAAGGGGACUCCUUGUUGAACGCACACCUGCGUUAGGUAACAGAUUGAAAUGAAGUUUUAGAAGCAACGCAGUGGCUGAUAUACAGUAGGUCAAACCAAAGCACUUAUUACACUUUUUUUAAACAUUUUUUGACAGCAGACAUUGCCCCAAGUACGUUGAACAUUAGCUGAAACCCUUUCACCAGGUUUUAUAGAUGCAUAAUGUUAAAAGAAAACAAAGGUUUUCACUUGCGUUCCUAAAAAGUUCAGUUUUUGUACAUACAGUACAGGAUAUUUGCAAAAUAUUGACAACAUGUAUACAUUUGCCUGGUGAUAUGUCAUUUACUCGGCAUGCCUUUCUUUCAGUCUACACUACUAUACUGGUACAUAUGGGACUCCUGAUUCACACGCAAGUCUCUUGCACAUACACA